AUGGACCCCCAUGAGAUGGUGGUCAAGAACCCCUAUGCCCACAUCAGCAUCCCCCGUGCUCACCUGCGACCCGACCUGGUGAAGCAGCUGGAGGCCGCUCCCUGCUCAUCCUCCUCUUCAUCCCCUGAGACACAGCCGCUGCCCACAGGACCCUGCACCUCAGAUCCUGUCCGCCUCCUGCAGCCCACAGAGGAGGCUCCAGACCCCAAGGGGGCCAAAGGGGCCAAGGGGGCCACCCCCCUCCCAUGCCAGGAGUCUUGGCAAGAGCCCAGCAACCCCUACAGCAGAGCCCAGCGCCAGGCAGGACUGACCUACGCGGGCCUGCCGCCCAUUGGCCGCGGAGACGACAUUGCCCACCACUGCUGCUGCAUCCCCUGCUGCUCUUGCUGCCAUUGCCCGCGCUUUUGCCGCUGCCAUAGCUGCUGCUGCUGCGUGGUCUCCUAG